GAUCACCCGGGGAACCUGGGAAUGCUAUUAAAGGAUCUCCGGGGAGCAAAGGAGACAAGGGGAGUAUGGGGCUCCCGGGCCCAGAGGGUCCCAAAGGUAUAAAAGGAGACCCUGCCGAGAAAGGGGAGAAGGGUUCAGUGGGGUUUGGGAUCCCUGGUCAGCCUGGACCCAAAGGAGAUUCUGGAGAGAGGGGAAAUACCGGCCUUACUGGAAAACCCGGCGUUAAGGGAGACCGUGGAGAGCCUGGAGAGAACGGAGAGCCUGGGAAAGCAGGAACUCCGGGACAGAUCGGACUGCGAGGGAAGGAGGGGGAGAAAGGAGACAAGGGAGACGAAGGAACGCCAGGGGAGUCGGGUUUACCAGGGAAAACCGGAGAGAGAGGUCAGAGGGGGUUGCCAGGGCUGGCCGGCAAGGCUGGAGAGAAGGGAGACAUGGGAGAUCCUGGAGAGCAUGGCAGAAAUGGCAGUCCUGGACCGCCGGGGCUGAAAGGAGAACGAGGAGCGCAGGGUGCACAGGGACCGCCAGGGCUGCCCGGGAGAGUGAUUGAUGUGGAGAGAGGGAUCCAGGGGCACAAGGGAGACAAGGGUGAUGCUGGUGACCCCGGAGAGCAUGGGGCGAAAGGGGUGAAGGGUGAGGGCGGCCCCCCUGGUCUCGCAGGUGAAAGGGGUGUUGAAGGCCCCAGAGGGCCACCAGGAGCGAGGGGUGAAAAAGGGGACCGAGGCAGCGCUGGGGAAGCCGGUGCUCGCGGAGCCCCAGGUCAGGAUGGUAGGAAUGGACUGGACGGGAAACCAGGAGCUGGCGGACCCCCAGGCCAAAGAGGUGACCAGGGGAAGCAGGGAGAUCCCGGUCGAGAUGGUUUGCCAGGAGCGAGGGGGGUGGAGGGUCCUGCAGGGCCAAUUGGACUCCCUGGGACUCCGGGCUUACCUGGUAAAGCAGGAGAGGAUGGAAAGCCAGGAAUACCUGGAAAGAAUGGGGUGGAUGGGACCCCAGGCGAGGAUGGCAGAAAGGGAGAGAAGGGAGAAUCUGGAGCAGCUGGGAGAGAUGGCCGGGAUGGAGUGAAGGGGGAGAGGGGGGAGCUGGGUCUGGCUGGCUCUGUUGGCCCAGCUGGACCCCCAGGGGUCCCUGGCAAUCCUGGCCCCCCAGGACAGGUGGUCUACAUGAAAGGGCAGGAGGUCACAGCUAUCCCCGGACCCCCAGGGCCUCCAGGAACCCCUGGUGUCCCUGGAAUACCUGGAGCCAGCGGCCCCAGGGGACAGGUGGGGGCAACUGGAGCCAAAGGAGACACAGGAGAUCCUGGGGAGGACGGGAGGCCUGGCCGGAACGGAGAACCAGCGGAUAUUAAGAAAGCGCUGUCUUCCUUUGGCAUCGAGAUCUUGUUGCUGAAGGAGAUUCUAAGCAAGACGGAUUUGCAGACUUUUCAGGGGAAGGCUGGCGCCCCGGGACAGAAGGGAGAGAAGGGGGAUCAUGGAGAGAGGGGGCACACUGGAGACAGAGGCCCUGCGGGCAAGGACGGUCUGUCAGGGGUCCCAGGGGAACGUGGACAGAGGGGAGAGAAGGGGGACCCUGGCCCUGCUGGACCUACAGGACCCCCCGGCAGGGCGAUUGGAGAGAGGGGCCUCGAGGGCCCACCUGGCCAGGCAGGAGAGCCCGGGAAACCAGGAAUACCAGGAGUGCCGGGAAGAGUUGGAGAGCAGGGAGAGACAGGCAGGCAGGGAGACAAGGGUGAUCGAGGUGAUAAAGGGGACAAAGGUGACCAUGGCAGGGAUGGAGUCACGGGACCCCCUGGCCCGCCAGGACCCAAGGGAGAGGCGCAGGAGGUCUCGGGGCCCAGGCUGCCUGGAGAGAGGGGGCUGCCAGGAGUGAAAGGAGAGAAGGGAGAGUCGGGAAUCCCUGGCCCAGUGGGACCCAAAGGAGACAAGGGGAGUGAAGGACCUCAAGGAGAGAAGGGAGGGAGAGGAGAGUCCGGAGAGAAGGGUCGGGAUGGCUUUGCGGGGUCCCCGGGAGAGCCAGGGCAGCCCGGGCAGGAGGGGAAGCCGGGUCUGCCAGGCUUCCCCGGAGUGCUGGGUCGACCGGGAAACCAAGGUGAACCCGGGACUCGCGGCCCCCCGGGUCCAAUAGGUCUUGUUGGCCCCCAGGGCCCCCCUGGUCUGAAGGGAAAUCAAGGAGAACCUGGGAUUGGUAUACAGGGACUGCCGGGGCCCCAAGGCAACAUGGGAUUGCCAGGACCUCCUGGUCCUCCAGGAGCUGUGGGCCCCCAAGGUCCGCCAGGGUUGCCCGGACAGCUGGGAGAGUCUGGGAAGCCUGGCGUUCCGGGGAGAGAUGGUACUCCCGGUAAAGAUGGGGAGGCGGGGCUGCCGGGGAAAAUGGGUGUCGCGGGGCCGCAGGGGCCAGCGGGGCCCAAGGGGCAGCAGGGGGACCGUGGCCUACCAGGAGAGACUGGAAUUGGCGUGCCAGGGGCGAGAGGAGAGAAGGGAGCGCCUGGCGAGACGACGGGCGGGGUGAUGGGACUGAGAGGCCUGCAAGGAGACCCGGGUGAACGAGGAGAGAGGGGGCUUCCUGGCCUCAGAGGAGACAAGGGCGAGCUGGGAGAGGCAGGAGUGCCUGGCGAGGAUGGUGCCAAAGGACAGGCUGGACCCAAAGGUGACAAAGGAGAGGCAGGAGAGGGGCUGCCUGGUCCAGCUGGUCGACCCGGACCCCAGGGGCUCAAGGGUGACCUUGGUUUGCCAGGCCCUGCUGGACCCCCGGGACCCCAGGGCCUCGCUGGGACCCCUGGUCUGCCGGGUCAGAGGGGUGACAACGGGCAGCCAGGAGUUCCAGGGCUGGUGGGAGAGAGGGGUUUACAAGGGUUCCCCGGACGAGAUGGCACCUCAGGAGUGCCGGGACCACCCGGACCCCCGGGGGCAGCGGGUCCCCAGGGUCUAGCUGGCAGCAAAGGAGACAAGGGGGACAUUGGUGUCGGUCAGUCAGGCCCGAGAGGGGAGAGGGGUGACCAGGGUCCCAGGGGAGAGGACGGACGACCCGGGAAGGACGGAGAAAGGGGACAAGCAGGAGCAUCUGGAAGUCGAGGGGAGAGAGGAGACAAGGGCGAGACCGGGCCAAUGGGGGAAAAAGGAGACAAGGGUGAUACAGUGACAGUCACCGGCCCACCAGGAAUCCAGGGGAACAAGGGAGAAACGGGCGAUCGUGGCCCUAAAGGGAUGCAGGGAGAGAAGGGGCUGAAGGGUGAGAUGGGGCUAUCAGGCCAGCAGGGUCCGAGCGGAGAGCAGGGCGAGCGGGGGUCCCCAGGGUUCCAGGGGGCCAGGGGGCCCAGCGGGCAGAAGGGUGAAGCUGGGGCGCCGGGGUUCCCAGGAGAGCCUGGCUUGCCAGGGAAGGACGGGUUCUCAGGGCUGAGAGGAGAGAAAGGAGACGUUGGAAUCACUGGCAUGAGGGGGCCCAAGGGUGAUCGUGGAUUCAAGGGGGCGUGUGGGAAGGACGGGAUGAAAGGAGAGAAGGGUGAUGGAGGUAUUCCUGGCAGACCUGGCCUUCCCGGGAGGAAGGGAGAGCUGGGAGAGGCCGGUAUCCCUGGCCAGUCUGGGACGCCUGGGAAGGAGGGUCUGAUCGGCCCCAAGGGUGACAGGGGGUUUGACGGGCAGCAGGGACACAAGGGACAGCAAGGAGAGAAAGGAGAGCGGGGCGCCCCUGGAAUUCCAGGUCCCCCCGGCCCGAGAGGCACGGAGGGGAUCCCCGGGCUGACGGGUUCCCAGGGGCCAGUGGGGCCCAAAGGACCGGAGGGAAUGCAGGGGCAGAAGGGGGAGCGAGGUCCCCCAGGGGCCUCAGUGACGGGGCCCAGAGGACUCCAAGGGAUUGCGGGGGAGAGAGGAGAGCAGGGGGAUCGCGGCGCAGACGGUUUGAGGGGAGAGAAGGGGGAGCCCGGCAUGACGGAGAGUGAGAUUCGCUCGUACGUCCGCUCCGAGAUGAGCCAGCACUGUGCCUGUGGAGGUCUCCCAGACUCUCCAUCUCGUCCGCCCCUCCAGUCCUUUCGCACGCGCCCCAUCCCAGUGCUGCAGCUCACCCGCUCGAGCGAGGAGGGGAGGGAACUGCGUGUGGUGGUGAACACGAACGACCCGGACUACGAGCAUGUCUAUUCCGUGGAGAACUACGAUGAUCCGGAAGAGGAGGAGCAGGAAUUCUACCCCACAGUCACCUUCACCGAGGGUGAAACGAGCACCACGGACCCAGUGCAAGCAAGGCGACGCAAACGAGCUUCCUCCGACAAAGAUCCCUGCCUCCUGCCCCUGGACGAGGGCACCUGCUCCCGCUACACACUGCGCUGGUACUACAGCCCCAAGGUGGCAGAGUGCCGCCCGUUCAUCUACAGCGGCUGUGAGGGGAACAGAAACCGAUUCAGCACCAAAGAGGACUGCGAGCUGCAGUGUCGGGACACCCCCAGAGACGCCGUGGCGGAGCGAGGAGGGAGGUGAGAGUGACUGCAGGCUGCGAGGUGACCGUCGUCCUGUAAAGUUUACAUCCCGGACACUUCAGGAACAAGCCGAUUCCCCUUUCUCUCCUCCUUCAGCUGGGAUCACUCCCUCAUUUCAGAGAAGGACCAACUCUCCAUCUUCCCCGAAUCCUGGUACAAAAUAUUCCCAAACUUGCCAUUCCAAAGAUGAUCAUAAUCCAUACCUGACACUCCGGAGGAAAUAUUCCCUACUUGACAUUCCGCAGAAACUCAGGAUUUGUAAAUGUAUUCAGCCAAGUGAAAAUGAACCAGGCCAGCUACACUCUCAUUCUCUCACCGUGGUCGGAGUUCGGAUUCCUGUUUUUAAUUUCUUUAAGAUGGCCCAGCUGAAAUAUCCCUGGAGCACUGAGAUGCUGAAAUCACACAUUAUACAGAUGGAGUAAUCCCUUAUAAAAGUUUCCCAUCGUAAAAGCACAGUAAAGCAUAAGUAAGCACGGUAAAGAACUGCAAGGUAUAGUAAAGCUUAUUAAUAAAUAUGACAAACCAAGAUAAACAAAGGUAAAUGCAUAGGAUAACCAUGAGAAAGCAUGGUAAAACUGCACAAAUACUGAGCAAAAAUGGCACGGUAAACUUUUAUAAAGGAUCACACACAUUGCAUUAGCCUGAAGGGUAACAUUUGAACUCCUGUAACAAUCUCUAUUCCCCUAAAUACCAAUUAAUGGUAUUAAUUUUUUUUUAUUUUAAACUGUAUUUCCACGCUGUAUGCAAGCUUAAUAUUGUAUUUAAAAAAUACUUUGUUCAUAACCAUUUACAUUUUUUACAUACUUUUAUACAACCGGUGAGACUGACCCUCUUUCCUCUUUCCGCAGUCAGAUCGUUGCAUUGGCUGCGUUGCAGUCCCUUGUGUGUUGCUGAAUGUGUGAGGGUUCCCGUUGUGUCCAGCAGGCACAGUGGAUCUGUGGCCUCCAGACCCGCUCACUUCAUUUAAGUUGGAGGUCCUCGGUAUUUGUUGUUAAGCAGGAACUCUUUUCUAGGUCAUGCUCCUUGUACAAAAUAGAAACGGUUCUGGCUUUUCAAACUGGCCGUCUAGGCUGUCUAUCCCUCACCUUUACAACAGAGUUCCACUCAAUGGCAGUUCACUUCCACAAGGAGUGUUUUAAAAGGUGUUUGGAGGUGAAUUUUCCUCUCAUCCAAGGUUAUCAAUUUGUUACCAACACAAAUACUACAUCAUUUGAACUUCUACAGAUUCAGGUUUCUCCGUAUGCGUUCCAAGUGUCCAGUUUUAAUACAGAGUUACAGAGAGUUUUGCAGACUUACUCCUUGGCCUUGGUUGUAAUUUUGGGAGCUCAGAGUCACGUAAAUAAAGAACACUUCAAAGGGGAUGCUACAGUCCUGUCUUGCAGUAGCCAGCUGUCCGAUCCACUGUGGCUGCAAUGAGCCUUGCUGUCGCUGCGUACUGCAAAGCCUCUGGAUGAGAAGGGGAUCUGUUGCUUUUAUUAAGUAUAAAAUCUGUCCUUUUUUUGUAACAUUGCAUGUCUGUUUGUCACUGCAAACAAAUAUGGUGCUAUUUUCUUUUUUUAAAUUGUAAUUUUUAAAUUGCAUUUUGUUUUUAAAUUAAGACAAAACGGAGCGUGUACGUUAUGUACAAGAUGUAAUUAUGAAAACUGAGAAAAACAAACAGAAGUAUUGUUCCACAGUCCUUCCUAUUUCAAAAAUUGUAAAAAAAAAUAAAGAAAUAAUCAAAUUCCAAA